AUGAACACAUUGUAUUCUGGAGCUACUAAAAUACUUCGAUUAAUACAUUUCCAGAAUUAUUGUCAAUUAAAAAAAGUACGGUCACCAAGAUUGCGGUCAAAAACUGACAUGGAACUAAAACAUCGGGAAGAUCCGAUUGUCACCAAACUUGAUACACCUGAAUUUAAGAAUUUAUUCACUAAAGAAGUUCAAGAUCUCCGAAAAUUAUUUGAAAAAUAUAAUUAUGAAAUACGAAUAGCAGGUGGAGCUGUAAGAGAUUUGUUAAUGGGAAUACAGCCAAAAGACCUUGACUUUGCUACCACAGCAACACCUGAAGAGUUAAAAGAAAUGUUUAGCAAAGAAAACAUUAGGAUGAUUAACAUGAGCGGCGAAAAGCAUGGCACUAUCACACCAAGAAUCAAUGACAAAGAAAAUUUUGAAAUAACUACAUUAAGAGUUGACAUUAUAACAGAUGGAAGACAUGCUGAAGUUGAGUUUACGAAAGAUUGGAAACUGGAUGCAAAUCGAAGAGACCUUACAAUAAAUUCUAUGUUUUUAGGUUUUGAUGGCUCCGUUUAUGAUUAUUUCUAUGGAUAUGAUGAUUUAAUGAAGAGAAAAGUAGCUUUUGUUGGAGAUGCAGAUAUCAGAAUCAAAGAAGAUUAUCUCAGAAUAAUGCGCUACUUUAGGUUUUAUGGUAGAAUAGCUGAAAAUCCUAACAAUCACGAUGUCCAGACUCUUGAGGUUAUCAAGAAUAAUGCUCAGGGUUUAGAAAAUAUAUCAGGAGAGAGAAUAUGGAUGGAGCUGAAAAAGACACUACAAGGAAAUUUUGCUGGAGACUUAUUAAAAACUAUGUUAAGUGUUAAUAUUGGAAAAUAUAUGGGUUUACCAGAUCCAAAUGUAGAAGAACUAGACAAAGUUUUAAAACGAAGCCAGUAUUUAGGCUUGCAUCCAAUAAGUUAUUUAGCUGCUCUUUUGAAUGAUAUUGAUGCUGUUACUGUACUUCAUAGCCGUCUUAAAUUUUCUGGAUAUGAACGGGACAUGGCUUACUUUCUUGUGGAACAUAGGGAAGAUAAAGAAGCUAAAAGGCCUUUACUCCCAUAUGAAAAAUUGGUUCUGCAAAGUAAAAUGAAACAGAAGGAUGUUGUAGAAUAUACCCGUGAGAUUUUAAAGUACAGAGGUGAUGAAGCUCUUCUGAAGCACUUUGAUAAUUGGGAAAUACCUCGAUUUCCUAUUGAUGGUAAAAUUCUUAAAAAAAAUGGUGUACCCCCUGGAAAAAUGUAUGGGCCUAUUAUAGGAAAGCUGAAAGAUAUUUGGAUUGAAAGUGAAUAUAAACUCUUAUCUGAGGACUUAGUUCAAUUUAUACCAAACAUUGUUGAAGAGUUUACUCAUCAAAAUAAAACAGCA